AUGCCGGUUUCUUCAGCACCAAACUCGUCUCUGGACACCGUCAGUCCCACCUCCUCGUCCUCGCCGAGGUCUCCUCCUCUACCUCCUCACUCGCAGCUGGUGUCGGUCUUCAUCGUGCUGGUGGUCACAGUCAUCAUCCUGGGCACGGUGGUGGGUAACGUGCUGGUCGUGAUGGCCGUGUUCACCAGUCGAGCCCUGAGGGCGCCUCAGCAUCUCUUCCUGGUGUCUCUGGCGACGGCGGACAUUCUGGUGGCGACGCUGGUGAUUCCCUUCUCUCUGGCCAAUGAGGUCAUGGGUUACUGGUACUUUGGUUCCACCUGGUGCUCCUUCUACUUGGCUCUGGACGUCCUCUUCUGCACCUCCUCCAUCGUCCACCUCUGUGCCAUCAGCCUGGACCGCUACUGGUCCGUCACUCAAGCCGUCAGCUACACGCGAGGACGGACGCCGAGACGCAUCAAAGCCAUGAUCAGCGCGGUGUGGUUCAUAUCCGUCCUCAUCUCGUCCCCCCCGCUCCUCAUGACCCAGAGAGAGGAGGACGGGGAGACGGAGGACGAGAGGGACGCACAGGAGUGUCUUCUCAACAACCAGACGUGGUACAUCCUGUCCUCCUGCCUGCUGUCCUUCUUCGUCCCGGGGGUCAUCAUGAUACUGGUGUAUUGUAAGAUCUACCACGUGGCCAAGCAGCGAGGCUCCACCGUGUUCGUGGACAAGAACCUGAUGGAGCCGUCCCAGUCCGAGACCGGCUUCAUAGGAGGAGGAGGAGGAGGAGGAGGAGGAGGCGCUGGUCAGUUCGAGCUGCACAGUCCACGGCCCGUCCACCACCACAGCCUGUCCAACCUGGACAGCACCAGCAGCAGCCAGAGGAGAGGAGAGCUGGACGAGGUCCACCUGGAGGAGAGGAGCCUGGAGGCGGACGGGACCUCCUCCUCCUGCUCCUCCUUCUCUCUCCGGUUCCCCAGGAGAGCCGGAGGGAGGCUGAAGACAGAGGAAGGGAAGGAGGCUGAGGGAACGACGAGCAGGUUGAAACCUCCUCCUCCUGCUUCCUGCGCCUCCAUCUCCUGGGCGUCCUCAGACCAGUGCUCCCACCACGGCCUCCUCCCCUCCCCUGUGGCGCUCCGCCACUCGUCUCUGUCCCAACACAAAGUGGCUCAGAGGAGGGAGAGGCGCUUCACCUUCGUGCUGGCGGUGGUGAUGGGAGUCUUCGUCCUCUGCUGGUUCCCGUUCUUCUUCACCUACAGUCUUCAGGCUGUGUGCAGAGACACGUGUUCGAUUCCCGACUCGCUCUUCAACCUCUUCUUCUGGAUCGGAUACUGCAACAGCUGCCUGAACCCCCUCAUCUACACCGUCUUCAACCGAGACUUCAGGAGGGCCUUCCAGAAGAUCCUGCUCCACACCCACAGACCCACAUAA